AUGGAACCCGGGGAUCUUUAUAAAGCUAGUAGUAGCUUGAGAGUAGGAAGUAAGCAUAUGGGAAGUUUAAGAGCAAACAGUUCAUCAAUAUGGAGGAAUACUGGAAUCGAAGGUGCUGCAAAUGAAGUUGACGUUCAAAAUCUUGGAUUUCAAGAUAAAAGGAAUUUGUUGGAUAGGCUGGUUAAUGUUGUGGAUGAAGAUAAUGAGAAGUUCUUGUUAAAACUCAGAAAUAGAAUUGACAGAGUUGGGAUUGAUCUGCCAACAAUUGAAGUCCGGUUCGAGAAUUUAAAUAUUGAAGCAGAAGCUUACGUGGGAAGCAGGGCUUUGCCUACAUUUAUUAACUUCAAUAUUAAUAUGAUAGAGGGCAUUUUGAGCUGUGUCCAUAUAGGAAAAUUUCAAGGUCCCUCCAUGGAGGAGCCCCUCAAGAAUGCCAGUGGCAUCAUCAAGCCCUGCAGAAUGACAUUGCUUUUAGGCCCUCCGAGUUCCGGGAAGACAACCCUUAUGUUGGCUUUGGCUGGAAAGCUUGAUCCUGCAUUGAAGGUUUCAGGGAGGGUAACCUAUAAUGGACAAGGAAUGGAAGAGUUUGUACCCCAAAGAACUGCUGCAUACAUUAGCCAACACGAUCUUCAUAUAGGAGAAAUGACUGUUAGAGAAACCAUGGCUUUCUCUGCAAGAUGCCAGGGGGUUGGAUCCCGAUAUGAGAUGUUAGCAGAGUUGUCAAGAAGAGAGAAAGCAGCAAAUAUUAAGCCUGAUCCAGAUAUCGAUAUAUACAUGAAGGCUGCAGCUACAGAAGGAGAUGAAGCUAAUGUGGUCACAGACUAUUAUCUUAAGGUUUUGGGGCUCGAUGUCUGUGUAGAUAUUUUGGUUGGAGAUGAAAUGAUAAGAGGAAUUUCUGGAGGACAAAAGAAGCGUGUCACAACUGGGGAGAUGCUUGUUGGACCAGCAAAGGCACUUUUCAUGGAUGAGAUAUCCACAGGAUUGGACAGUUCCACAACUUUCCAAAUUGUGAAAAUGCUUAGACAAUAUGUGCACAUUAUGAAAGAAACCGCUUUUAUCUCCCUCCUGCAGCCAGCACCCGAGACAUAUGAUCUUUUUGAUGACAUCAUUCUCUUGUCAGAUGGCCAGAUUGUUUAUCAGGGUCCCCGAGAACAAGUGCUCGACUUUUUUGAAUCCAUGGGCUUUAGAUGCCCCGACAUAAAGGGUGUGGCUGAUUUUCUACAAGAAGUGACAUCAAAGAAAGAUCAGCAGCAAUACUGGGCUAAAGAUGAGCCUUAUAGGUUCGUCUCCGUUGGUGAAUUUACUGAGGCGUACCAGUCAUUCCAUGUUGGCCGGAAAGUUGGGGACGAGCUUUCAGUUACAUUUGACAAAAGCAAAGGCCAUCCAGCUGCUUUAACUACCCAAAAGUACGGUCUUGGAAAGAAAGAGCUCCUGAAGGCUUGUGCUGACAGAGAACUCUUACUGAUGAAGAGAAACUCAUUUGUCUAUUUCUUCAAACUCUUCCAGAUUACUGUAAUGUCAUUGAUAGCAAUGACUGUCUUCUUCCGAACUAAGAUGCACAAAAAUGAUGCACCUGAUGGAGGAAUAUAUACUGGUGCCCUAUUUUUCAGUGUCGUUAUGGUUAUGUUCAAUGGAAUGUCAGAGCUUGCCAUGACAAUUUACAAACUUCCUGUCUUCUACAAACAAAGGGACUAUCUCUUUUUUCCUGCGUGGGCAUAUGGACUUCCCUCGUGGAUCUUGAAAAUCCCGAUUACUUUUCUUGAAGUUGCCAUUUGGACAUUUCUCACGUACUACGUUAUUGGAUUUGAUCCAAAUGUAGGAAGACUAUUCAAGCAGUAUAUGCUGCUCUUACUUCUCCACCAGGCAGCAUCAGCAUUGUUCAGAUUCAUUGGGGCAGCGGGUAGGACCAUGAUUGUUGCAAACACAUUUGGAUUAUUUGCACUGCUCCUGCUCUUCGCAUUAGGUGGCUUUGUUCUUUCACGAGAGGAUGUUAAAGGUUGGUGGAUAUGGGGUUACUGGGCUUCUCCUAUGAUGUAUGCACAGAAUGCAAUUCUUGUAAAUGAAUUCACAGGACACAGUUGGAGCCAACUAAAUGGAACUGAAACAUUGGGAGCUGUUGUGACAAAAUCUCGAGGAGGCUGGGAGAAAAAUCUGAAUGUGAACUACCAGUUGGUAUUGAAACCUAUCCUUGAGGUCAUUCCCAAUGGAGCAUUGCUUGGAUUCGUAUUUCUGUUCAACUUAUUCUUUGUUCUUUCUCUAACAUAUCUCAAUCCUUUCGAGAAGCCUCAAGCUACUAUACUAGAAGAAAGUGAAGAUGAUGCCUCAUCUGAGAGGGCAGAUGCCAAUGAGGCCAAUCAGAACAAGAAAAGAGGAAUGAUUCUUCCAUUUGAACCACAUUCUAUUACAUUUGACGACGUUCAAUACCCAGUUGACAUGCCACCAGAAAUGAGAGCUCAGGGUGAUGUUGAUGAUAAAUUGGUGCUCCUGAAGGGUGUAAGCGGAGCUUUCCGGCCUGGUGUUCUUACAGCAUUGAUGGGUGUUAGUGGGGCUGGUAAAACAACUUUGAUGGACGUGUUGGCUGGUCGAAAAACGGGUGGGUAUAUUGAGGGAAAUAUCACGAUUUCAGGGUAUCCAAAGAAGCAGGAAACAUUUGCUCGGAUUUCUGGAUACUGUGAACAGAACGACAUCCAUUCUCCUCAUGUUACUGUUUAUGAGUCCCUUCUUUACUCAGCUUGGUUGCGUUUGCCUAAAGAAGUUGAUGCUGAAACUAGAAAGAUGUUUAUUGAGGAGGUUAUGGAACUUGUGGAACUUACUCCCUUGAGAGGAUCACAAGUUGGGUUGCCAGGUGUCAAUGGUCUCUCGACUGAGCAACGCAAGAGGUUAACUAUUGCAGUCGAGCUGGUAGCAAACCCUUCGAUAAUAUUCAUGGAUGAACCAACUUCAGGGCUUGAUGCUAGAGCUGCUGCAAUUGUGAUGAGAACAGUCAGGAAUACGGUAAACACAGGAAGAACUGUUGUGUGUACCAUUCAUCAGCCCAGUAUUGAUAUUUUCGAAGCAUUUGAUGAGCUAUUUUUAAUGAAACGAGGAGGACAAGAGAUAUAUGUUGGUCCUUUGGGUCAUCAAUCGUCUCAAUUGAUCAGAUUUUUGUUCACGACCUUCAUAGCCCUCAUAUUCGGGACAAUGUUCUGGGAUCUUGGCUCUAAAUGGAAUACACAACAAGAUCUGUUUAACGCUAUGGGCUGUAUGUAUGCUGCUAUCAACUUUUUGGGAUUCCAAUACGGGUCAACAGUACAACCUGUUGUGGCUGUUGAACGAACUGUCUUCUAUAGAGAAAGAGCAGCUGGAAUGUAUUCAGCCUUACCAUAUGCAUUUGCACAGGUUCUAAUCGAAGUUCCAUACGUCUUCGUACAAACACUUGUAUAUGGUCUUAUUGUCUAUGCUAUGAUGGGACUGGAUUGGACAGCUGAAAAAUUCUUCUGGUUCUUAUUUUUCUUCUUCUUCUCUUUAAUGUACUUUGUCCUCUAUGGCAUGAUGACUGUGGCUGUCACUCCUAAUCACAACAUUGCUGCCAUUAUCUCGUCUUUCUUCUACGCAAUUUGGAAUCUCUUUUCUGGAUUUAUCAUCCCACGACCUAGGAUCCCUAUCUGGUGGAGAUGGUAUUACUGGGCCACUCCAGUCGCUUAUACCUUGUACGGUUUAAUAGUAUCGCAGUUUGGAGAGAUCCAGGAUGUGAUGGAAGACAGUGGAGAUACAGUAGAACAAUUCUUGAAAGAUUACUUUGGGUUUGAAUACAGUUUUAUUGGAAUCGCUGCUGGAAUAAUUCUUGCUUUCGACGCUUUUCGCCUUCAUUUUUGCCUAUUCUAUCAAGGCAUUCAACUUCCAAAGGAGAUAAGAUUGCCUUGA